CCUACCAGCCACCUGUUCUGCCUGGCCCGGCCAGCACAGCCCUCAGGUCCCUUGAGGCAGCCACCUGCCUGGGUCUCCACCCUCCCACCCUGCCAUGGGGGUUCCCGGACCUCCUCCAGCCCUGCAUGGGGGCCGGCUCAGGGUCCUUACUUGUCUGCUGCUUCUGACAGCCACUCUGAAUGCUGCCAACAUCCCUGUGUCCCCAGACUGUGGGAGGCCUCAGCAGCUGAACCGCGUCGUGGGCGGUGAGGACAGCUUGGACGGCCAGUGGCCCUGGGUUGUGAGCAUCCGCAAGAAUGGCACCCACCACUGCGCAGGCUCCCUGCUCACCAGCCGCUGGGUGGUCACUGCUGCGCACUGCUUUAAGGGCUAUGUGAACCAGCCGUCCCUGUUCUCUGUGCUACUGGGGGCCUGGCAGCUGGGGAACCCAGGCUCGCGGUCCCGGCAGGUGGGUAUUGCCUGGGCACUGCCCCACCCCAGGUACUCCUGGAUGGAGGGAGCUCGUGCAGACAUUGCCCUGGUGCGCCUGGAGCAUCCCAUCCAGUACUCUGAGAGAAUCCUGCCCAUCUGCCUGCCUGACUCCUCUGUUCGUCUCCCUCCAAACACCAACUGCUGGAUUGCAGGCUGGGGGAGCAUCCACGAUGGAGUGCCGCUGGCUCUCCCGCAGACGUUGCAGAAGUUGAAGGUGCCCAUCAUUGAUUCGGAAGUCUGUAGCCGCCUGUACUGGCGGGGAGCCGGGCAGGAAGCCAUCACCGAGGACAUGCUGUGUGCAGGCUAUCUGGAAGGGGAGCGGGACGCCUGUCUGGGAGACUCUGGAGGUCCCCUGAUGUGCCAGGUGGACGGUGCCUGGCUGCUGGUUGGCAUCAUCAGCUGGGGUGAGGGCUGCGCAGAGCGCAAUCGGCCUGGCGUCUACACCAGCCUCCUGGCCCACCGCUCCUGGGUGCAGAGGGUGGUGCAGGGGGUGCAGCUGCGCGGGCACUCGGGAGGCAGCGGAGCCUCCAAGCGCUCCUAGGUGGCGAUCCAGAGACGUGCGCCCACCAGCUGCUGCCUCCGCUGUAAAUACGCCUUCUGCCUGGGGAGAGGGGGUGCUGGGGGAGAGCAGUCUGGCUCGGGAUGGAGGCUUGGCCCUGCCCUCAGCCCAAGUCUGCUCAGCGUAUAUACACGUGUUCGUGAUUUGUACAGUUAUUUGUAACCCUGCCCGCGUAUUUAUUCCUCCGAUUUCAAUAAAUUAUUUAUUCUCUGA